CGGUGAUGGGCGGGGCAGGCGCGCGGAGAUUGGCGGGAUGCGGCGCGCAGCGCGUGACCCUCCUUGGCCUGGGCGAAGCUGUGUGGACCAAGCAAGCCAGGAGUGUGGCCAUGUUUUCUGAGCAGGCUGCCCAGAGGACCCACACUCUGCUGUCCCCACCAUCAGCCAACAAUGCCACCUUUGCCCGGGUCCCAGUGGCGACCUACACCAACUCCUCACAACCCUUCCGGCUAGGAGAGCGCAGCUUUAGCCGGCAGUAUGCCCACAUUUAUGCCACCCGCCUCAUCCAAAUGAGACCCUUCCUGGAGAACCGGGCCCAGCAGCACUGGGGCAGUGGAGUGGGGGUGAAGAAGCUAUGUGAGCUGCAGCCUGGGGAGAAGUGCUGUGUGGUGGGCACUUUGUUCAAGGCCAUGCCGCUGCAGCCCUCCAUCCUGCGGGAGAUCAGCGAAGAGCACAACCUGCUCCCCCAGCCUCCUCGGAGCAAAUACAUACACCCAGAUGAUGAACUGGUCUUGGAAGAUGAACUGCAGCGUAUCAAACUAAAAGGCACGAUUGAUGUGUCAAAGCUGGUUACAGGGACUGUCCUGGCUGUGUUUGGCUCCGUGAGAGACGAUGGGAAGUUUCUGGUGGAGGACCAUUGCUUUGCUGACCUUGCUCCCCAGAAGCCCACACCCCCACUUGACACAGAUAGGUUCGUGCUGCUCGUGUCCGGCCUGGGCCUGGGUGGAGGUGGAGGUGAGAGCCUGCUGGGCACCCAGCUGCUGGUGGAUGUGGUGACAGGGCAGCUUGGGGAUGAAGGGGAGCAGUGCAGCGCCGCCCAUGUCUCCCGGGUUAUCCUCGCCGGUAACCUCCUCAGCCACAGCACCCAGAGCAGAGAUUCUAUCAAUAAGGCCAAAUACCUCACCAAAAAAACCCAGGCAGCCAGUGUGGAGGCUGUGAAGAUGCUGGAUGAGAUCCUCCUGCAGCUGAGUGCCUCAGUGCCCGUGGACGUGAUGCCAGGCGAGUUUGAUCCCACCAACUACACGCUCCCCCAGCAGCCCCUCCACCCCUGCAUGUUCCCGCUGGCCACUGCCUACUCCACGCUCCAGCUGGUCACCAACCCCUACCAGGCCACCAUUGAUGGAGUCAGAUUCUUGGGGACAUCAGGACAGAACGUGAGUGACAUUUUCCGAUAUAGCAGCAUGGAGGAUCACUUGGAGAUUCUGGAGUGGACCCUGCGGGUCCGUCACAUCAGCCCCACAGCACCUGACACUCUAGGUUGUUACCCCUUCUACAAAACCGACCCAUUCAUCUUCCCAGAGUGCCCACAUGUCUACUUCUGUGGCAACACCCCCAGCUUUGGCUCCAAAAUCAUCCAAGGUCCUGAGGACCAGAGAGUGUUGUUGGUGACUGUCCCUGACUUCAGUGCCACGCAGACUGCCUGCCUUGUGAACCUGCGCAGCCUGGCCUGCCAGCCCAUUAGCUUCUCGGGCUUCGGGGCAGAGGACGAUGACCUAGGAGGCCUGGGGCUGGGCCCCUGACUCAAAAAGGUGGUUUUGACCAGAGAGGCCCAGAUGGAGGCUGUUCAUUCCCUGCAGUGUUGGCAUUGUAAAUAAAGCCUGAGCACUUGCUGAUGCGA